AUGGAACAUGUAGGAGGAGAAGGUUUCCAUGGCUUCCAUAAGCUCCCCAUCCACCCUACAUCUGGGAUGCAAAAAUCAGAUAUGAAGAUCAAACUACCAGAAAUGCAGGCUACCAACAAUAACAACAACUCAUCAACUACAGAUGACAAUAAUAAUGAGUGCACUGUCCGAGAACAAGACCGCUUCAUGCCGAUAGCAAAUGUGAUCCGAAUCAUGAGAAAGAUCCUCCCGCCUCACGCCAAAAUCUCAGACGACGCCAAAGAGACAAUCCAAGAAUGUGUUUCAGAGUACAUUAGCUUUGUGACAGGUGAAGCUAAUGACCGAUGCCAGCGUGAGCAGAGGAAGACCAUCACAGCUGAAGAUGUUCUCUGGGCUAUGAACAAAUUGGGUUUUGAUGAUUACAUAGAGCCGUUAACUGUGUAUCUCCAUCGUUUCAGGGAGUUUGAUGGCGGUGAACGUGGGUCUGUAAGGGGCGAGCCGCUUGUGAAGAGGAUUAAUUCUGAUCAUGCAGCUGGCCCAUUUGGUGGUAUGCCUCCUUUUGUGCCUGCUUUUCAUAUGGGUCAUCAUCAUAAUGGCUUCUUUAGUCCAGCUGGCAUCGGCGGUUUCUUGAAAGACCCGUCAACUGCUGGACCUUCUGGGCCUGCUGCUGCUGCUGCUGCAAUUGCUACUUUCGAGCCAUACGAGCAGUGUAAGGAGUAA